AGCCUUGAACUGCGCACGGGCGUGUUUAUUUUCGUCUUCAGUUUUCUGUUUGCCCCAAUUCUUCACUCACUGUUGGCCACAGUGAGUACGGACACGAUCUACGCUUUGAGUAGUCUAUUCAUGUUGAUCAGCUGGCUGUUUCUGGACUACCGUACGCAUUCGGUGGAGUACGUGUACGAGCCCGGGUCGAAUACGAUCGCAAUCAGUUCCAGUCUCUUAGCUGCUCUGUGUUUAGCCAGCCGAUUGUCCAGUGCGUAUCACACAUUUGCUCUGCUACUAGCUUGGACCAUUAUAUUCGCCUUGUGGCCGAUCUUGGUUCAGUUGAUCCGGGUAAGUUCACCGAGACGUGAAUGUGAUGUGCACGGCCGCAUUGUGUGGAAAUAUAGUUCUUUCGAAAUCUACAUGUUAUGCGCACAAGGCACGUAUGCGGAUUAA